UACCACUAAGAGUCUUCCAUUAGCUCGAUACCACUAAGAGUCUUCCAUUAGCUCGAUAGCACUAAGAGUCUUCCUGGCUACACAACUACAACUAACUCUGCAGGGAGCCUCCACUACUGCUAUACAGCUGGACUUUACUUUGAAACAAAAAAAAAGGAAAACAUCUCCGGUGAAGCCAAUCAUCUUUAAUUAUCAGGCUGCCAAGAUGAAGCUGUUUCUGCAGUGUGUCCUCUUCUGGGGUGUGCUGGCCACACUCGCACGCUGCUCCAGGGGCAGCCAGCCGGAGCUCAGUGCAGAGACCAGAAAGAGGUUGAGUGUCUGGAUGCAGAGUCUGGUGCGAAGAGACAUCCAGAGGAGAUUAGUCGAGAGGGAGGAGGGCUCAGUCCAGGAGAACAGGAGCAGCAAACCUCUCCCGGCACACCUCAGGUUUAAGAGGAUGCUGAACUCCAAGCCCUCAGGGUGUAACUUGGUCACCUGCUCCGUGCACGAGCUGGCCCAUCGCCUGCACAUCAUCAACAAGAACAAGGCCGACUUGGCGCCGCAGUCCAAGAUCAGCGAACACGGAUACGGUCGCCGCCGGAGACGCUCGCUAGAGCAGUUGUUCACCUCCCUCUCCUCUUCCUCCUCCUCCUCCUCCUCCACCUCCCAAAGGAGCCGAGCGCAGCUGUCGAGAUUGAGAACACGACGCAGCAGCAGCAGCAGCAGCAGCAGCAGCAGACGCGGACCAGCUUUCAGACGGACAUGAGGCAAUUGGGGAGAGUGAGAAGAGAAACAGAAAAAGAGGGAGAGAGAGAGAGAGAGCGAGAGAGCAAAAAAAGGGAAAAAAAAGAGAAAGAGAGGAGGAAAAAAAAGGGGGACAGUUUGUAUUUUUUUCUCUUCUCUGUCUUUUUUUCCUUUCUGUUCUCUUGUUUUUUUUCCCCCUUCUUAUUUAUGGUUGUUUAAAACAAAAACACAAAAAUCUUGAACUGGCCUCAUCUUGGUGAAAUGCUACUGACUUGUGCUGAACUCUAGUGGUGUUCAUCCUCUAGCAUGGGGAGUGAGGGGAGUCUGGCGCGGCUGGCUUGGCUUACCGCACACUGCACAGCUGACGACCCCCCCACCUCCUCUAUGUCUGCUGCCGUCAACACCUGGGGGAGAGACAGAGGAGAGAGAGAGACGCUCGCUAUAUGAACCCCUCCGAGGCCUGGGGGGUCCAGAGGGGAGUAAAAUGGGGGGAGAGCAAAGGAGAAAGAGAAAUAGAGAGAGAGAGAUAAAAGAGAGAGGUGCUCAGGUCAUGAAUGUGUGUCUUAGUCUGUGAAAAAAGAAGCAGGUGUAAGCGUAUGCAUGUGUGAGUGCAUGUGUUUGCAUGUGUGCCUUGUCUAUCUCUCUUGCCUUUGAGAUGAGACUCGCAAGUUCUAAGGAGCUGACCAGCCCUCUCUGUCUCUCCCCCCCCAGCUCGGCUUGCUCCCCCCCUGGUCCCUACAAGAUGGAGACUUGAGACUUGAUGGAGGGAGGGGGGUAAAACCUUUGCGGACUUUACCAGCACUUUGCCGUGUGUAGCCAUGGACGAGGAGGAGGAUGAUGGCCAUGAUGAUGAUGAUGAUGAUGAGGAGGAGGAGGAGGACUGUGGUUUGGGGAAUCGAUCGAAGUAACAAAAGGGAAGGCACUCCAGGAUACCCAGGAUGAUGAAAAAGAGGAAGAUGAGGAUGAGGAUGAGGAUGUUCAAUGAUCAGCGUCUGGUUUCCCUCACUCUGCCUACUCCACGGACACUUUCAACUGUGGACAGAGGUGGACGCUCUGAGGGGACGCUAUGUUUUUUUCCCCCAUAUGUGGGACAGACUAACUAACAGACUAAUGGAGCACACUGGUGUCUGGAUAUACUGUAAAGUCCACUUGAGAUGGUUGCUGCCACACUAUACUUGAAUUUUGAAACUUUUGUAUAUUAAGGGCAAACGUGCAAUAAAUGUAACAGUGUAUGUAUGUAUGUAUGUAUGUAUGUAUGUAUGUAUGUAUGUAUGUAUGAAUGUAUGAAUGCAUGAAUGAAUGAAUUACCAUGAGUUUGUAUAUAAAGGUUAAAAUAUAUUUUAUAUAUAGAAUUUACCAUAUAUUUAUACACAUUUAAUUGUAAUUGUAAGAAGUAACUAUUUUUUAUACUGAAAACAUGUAAACUUUGUACCCACCCUACCUUAACAAUCAAAUUUUGAAUUUCAAGUGUUUGUUGUUUAAUCUAUGCUAACAUUAGAUCCACUGUAAAGUUCAUAUCCCUUUUUUCUACAGUCAAAGUAACAAAAAAUCAAUCAUUAAACUCUUUGCAAACAGGA